UCUCUGGGAAACAUUAUACUAUUUACGAAUCCGCACUCUCUCUCGAUCAACGCUUUCGGUUUCGAUCAAAGUCUCUCCAUAAUUGUAAUCUGUAAGUUACGAAAAUUUCUUAUUAUAGUUUUCUAAUUUCAGUUAGUUUCUGUUCUCGUAGCUGAUCUAAGUGUAUAUUUCGUAAUUCCAAAAUAGUCUGUAUAUAUAGAUUUACGCAUACAUAGAAACACAAGAUAUAUAGGUUCGAAGCAGCUAAAAUGAUGAACACUGGCACUUGUAUUGGGAUCUCCACCAUGCGACCCUGUUGCAGAGUCUUGAUUAGCUCAAAAACCUCUUCGAUUUUCGGAUUUUCUCCUGCUGGAAUUAACAAGUGUUCGGUCAUUUAUAAUUUUUCGAAAUCACAAUCUGGAACACCUAGUAUACGCAGAUUCUUCUGUUGUCAUGUGAAUAGGUGUGUGAUUGGUUCGGAUCGGACAGCUUUUUGUGUUUCCGGUUCUAUUUCUGGUCAAUCUAGGGUUUUUUCAACUAGUUUUGAUCGAGUCAGUAGGGGUGUUAGGAUGAUUACCGGGGGUAGAAGUAGUAGGGGUAUUUUAGUUGUCCCCAGGGUUGCCUCGGAUUUUAGGAAUCAUUCCACCUCAGUUGGGUCCAAUGUAAAUGAAAAGGGUUUUGAAAGGAUUUACAUGCAAGGUGGAUUGAAUGUAAAUGUAAAGUCUCUAGUGAUUGAAAAAGUUGAGACAGAUCAUAAUAUAGUGAAAGAAGAAGAGGUAGAAAUAGAGUCUAGUAACACCUUAAAGGUUAACGAGUCAAGUAUAGAUACAGAUAAUUUUAAAGGUCUAAAUCAAAGUUCUACUGUGGUUGAGAGAGAGGUUUCUCAGAUUGAAAAGGAGGCCUGGAAAUUGCUUCAAGCUGCAGUUGUGAGUUAUUGCGGAAAUCCAGUGGGCACCGUUGCAGCUAAUGACCCAGCGGAUAAUCAGCCUUUGAAUUAUGAUCAAGUCUUCAUUCGUGAUUUUGUCCCGUCAGGUCUUGCAUUUGUACUUAAUGGUGAUGGAGAAAUCGUUAGGAAUUUCCUUCUUCACACCCUGCAGUUACAGAGUUGGGAGAAGACUGUGGACUGUUACAGUCCUGGGCAGGGGUUGAUGCCAGCAAGUUUUAAAGUUAGAACAGUGCCUCUUGAUGGAAGCAAUGGAGCAUUUGAAGAGGUACUGGAUCCUGAUUUUGGUGAAUCUGCAAUUGGCCGUGUUGCCCCUGUUGAUUCAGGAUUGUGGUGGAUUAUUUUGCUGAGAGCUUAUGGGAAGAUCACAGGCGACUAUGCAUUACAAGAGAGGGUUGAUGUCCAAACGGGCAUUAGACUCAUCCUUAAUUUGUGUUUAGCUGAUGGGUUCGAUAUGUUUCCAUCUCUUUUAGUCACUGAUGGUUCCUGCAUGAUUGAUAGACGGAUGGGCAUACACGGACACCCUCUUGAAAUACAAGCAUUGUUCUAUUCGGCUUUACGAUGUGCCCGUGAAAUGCUCAUAGUCAAUGAUGGAACCAAGAACUUGGUAGCCGCCAUUAAUAACCGGCUCAGCGCACUCUCGUUUCAUAUCAGAGAGUACUAUUGGGUGGAUAUGAAGAAGAUCAAUGAGAUUUAUCGUUAUAAGACUGAAGAAUACUCUACAGAAGCUAUAAACAAGUUCAAUAUUUAUCCAGACCAAAUCCCUUCGUGGCUAGUAGAUUGGAUUCCUGAAGAAGGUGGCUACCUCAUUGGCAAUCUACAACCUGCUCAUAUGGAUUUUAGGUUCUUCACUCUUGGGAACCUUUGGUCGAUUGUUUCAUCUCUAGGUACCCAGAAACAGAAUGAGGGUAUUCUAAAGUUGAUUGAAGCCAAAUGGGAUGAUCUUGUUGCCAAUAUGCCUCUUAAGAUAUGUUAUCCUGCUCUAGAAUCAGAGGAAUGGCGUAUAAUCACCGGCAGUGAUCCUAAGAAUACCCCAUGGUCAUAUCACAAUGGUGGAUCGUGGCCAACACUCCUUUGGCAGUUCACCUUGGCUUGUAUGAAGAUGGGCAGACCAGAAUUAGCACAAAAGGCAGUUGCUUUAGCAGAGAAGAGGCUAUCAGUGGAUCAAUGGCCUGAAUAUUAUGAUACGAGAAGCGGGAGGUUCUUAGGCAAGCAAUCCCGACUUCACCAGACAUGGACAAUUGCUGGUUACCUGACCUCAAAGAUGCUUUUGGAGAACCCUGAGAAGGCAUCUUUGUUGUUCUGGGAGGAGGACUAUGAACUUCUCGAGAUUUGUGUUUGCGCGCUCAGCAAGUCGGGUCGAAGUAAAUGUUCGCGUUUUGCAGCAAGAUCUCAAAUUCAUGUUUGAUGACUUUGUUGAACUAUUUCCUGAAAGUUUAACACCUAGUCCGUCUAAUUCAUAGUAGCAAAGACUUACACGCAGCUACUUGCACCAUUGAUUUCGGAAUUGGACCUGAUUUGAUUGGGAGGGUUAUGUUUUUUAGGAGCCUUUGAAACUUGUGUAUUUUUUUAUGUAGCUUUCUUGUAUUGAGCCCGAGUGAACGGCCUGUAUAGACAAGGAUUGUGCAGCUUCAGCAUCUCUGGCAGGACAGUGAUCCUUGCUUGGAGGGAUGGUGCCCCAAAAGAAGCCAUUGACACUCUUGACUUAGUUGAGUUAGUUACUACUCUAUGCAUAUCACGCUCACAAAUUUCCCAUU